AUAUAAAGUUAUAAAUAUAUAAAAAUAAAAUGUUUAAAGAAAAACAAAAAAAAUAUAAACAAUUAUAAUUAGAGUUACACUUGUGUGUCUGUGUGUAACAUUAUGUAUCUGUGUAACUCAGUGUAACUAAAAAAAUCCAGUCCAAAUAAUAAAUACGAAAAAAAUUAAAAAAAAAAAAAACACAGGCUUCCUAAAAUUCCAUUGACCUUUUGUAUAAUUCUUCCAUCAAAAAGGCUAAAAAUUACAAAAAAAAAAAAAAAAUUGACCGUUCAGCAAAAAAACAAUAAUAAUACAAAAAAAAAAACAAGUUUUAAUAUAUUAUUGUUGAUGUGUAGUGGUGUGUUGGCAAAAUGGAGUAAAAUCUCUGAAAAAAAGGAUAAUAAUAAUAACAAUAUCAAGUAAGCAUCAAGAAAUAACAAAAAGUGUGUGCAAAUAUAUCUGUGUGUGUAUAGCAGUGUAUAGAUUUGUGUGGUAAAAAGUAAAAGACGCGGGUAAACGAUUAAAAUGAGAGAGAACGCGUCAUUUUAUUUAAAAUAAAUAUUUAAAAAAAAUAAAAAGAGAAAGAGAGAUAAAAAAAACAAGUAAGGUGUACUUGUAUAUAUCUAGUACACACUUAAAUAUAUAUAUAUGAUACAUGUGUGUGUGUAAUUUGUUGGAGGACUGUUGGAGCCAGCAGCCAGCCAGUAAUUUUUGUUGAAUUUAGAGUAAGACAGAUAAAAGGGUGUUAAAAAAAGAGUAAGUGAAAGAGAAACAAGGUUGCAAGGAGACCGCCGUCAUCGCCGCGCGCGCUAUGCCAUUGUCGCCUCGCUACCGAAUAUUACCGAGGGUGACAUUUCAAGUAUAAUUUCAUAUUUAACAUUUAUAUUAAUAUCAUGUGUGUGUGCCAAAUUUAAUUAUUUAUAUUAAAAUAAACAAUUAUUUUCAUAAUUUUAACAUAACAAAGUGCUUCAAUAAUAAUUAACAGAAAAAAAAAAAAAAGCAAAAAAGCAAACAAACCACAUAAUUUGCUUUAAAAAAAAAUUUUUUUUUUUUUUUUUUUCAAUUUGUUCGUUUUUUACUUUUGCUGUUUUAUUUUAUUUUUUUAUUUUUUAUUGGAAACAGAAGGAAAAAAAAAUCUGUGUGUGAGUUAAUUGUGCAAAAAUUGUUACAGAUUUACGCACAAGUGAGAUAAAUAUUCGACCAACUGUUAAAAAAUUUUGGUCUUGUUGUGAUAUGACUAAUUGUGAAAUUAAAAAACGAGUAAUAUUUUUUUCAUGUUUUUUAUUUCUUAUUUUUAACUAUUAAAAAACAUAUUAAUAUUUGUUUUGAGUUUGUAAAAAGCUGCUAAUAUUAAAGUAUAACCUCAAUCAGCUAUAAAACUGUUAAAAUUAAUUAAAAAAUUAAUUAAUUAUUAUUAUUUUAUUAUAGAUACAUACAUAAAAAUAUAUGCAGAUGCUAAUGAUAAGCUUAAAAUGACUGUUUUAAUUCAUUCAAAUAAAAAUAAAUAAUUAUUAAAUGAUAAUAAUAAUAACAAACACGACUGGACAAAAAUGAAAACAGAGAAAAAGUCAAAUGAACCAAGUUACAUACCAAGUGCAGUGGUUAAAGAAGAUCCUGAUGGUGAUAGUGUUAAAAUAAAAGAAGAAAGUGUUGGUGCUAGUGGUAAUAACGAGGAUGUACCUGGUGAUGAGACAAACGAGUGUACAAGAGAUCCAAACUUGGAUACGAGUAAUGGUGAUGGUAAUAUGCCAAUGGAUUCACAAAAUGGAAAUGGUAACAAUCAACCAAUGCUAAAUUCAGUUAAACAAGAAAUUGAUCAUAAUAAUCCAACAGAUGAUUUAACAACUGAAGGAAUUCAACCAUUAGUUAGCAAUGUGAUUAGUAAGCAAAUGGGUGGAGGUGGAGGUGGUGGUGGAGGUAGUGAAGCACAGUACAUGCAACAACAAAAUCAAGUUUAUGUAUUUUCAACAAAUUGGGCAAAUGAAGCAGCUAAAGCUGUAUGCCAAGGAAACUUUGAAUCAAUAGUUGCUUAUCAUAAUGCCCAACCACAAACUAAAAAAUUUAUUGAGAAAAAUCCACAAAAGGCAAAUCAUUUUCGUCAAAAUCCAGCGCAAUGGCUCAGCAAUAUGGCAAUGUUAAAACAAAAAAAUCAAAAUCAACCAACUCCAAGUAAUCAAUUUUCAAAUGAACAACCACCAGAUUUACGAGCAAUUGAUCCAACAGCACCAUCAUUUUGGAAUAAUCAACAAAAUUUAAGAAAUAUAAAUGGUGGAAAUAAUGAUACAAAUAUUGACGAUACAAAUAUUGAUGUGCCUUGUCUUAUUCCAAAUUCACCAAAUAAUACAACAACAAAUAACUCAAAUAGUCAAUCAUCUGGUAAUCAAACAUUGGGACAAAGUCCAAAUAUAUGUGGAAGAUCAACAAGUCCAGGUAUAGUUGGACCUGGACAACCAUCAUUACAAGGUACUCAAGUACCAGAUGAAGAUUUAACACCUGAACAACGACAUCAUCGUGAUUCUAAACUUGCUACUCUAAGACAACUUCAACUUAGCUUAUUUAAACCAGAUAAUGAAUUAGAUCCAACACAAAUACCAACAGGUACACCUCUUCCAACAACAAAUGUACCUGUACCACCUCCUGUAACAACAGCAAGUGGACAACAGUGUCCAACAAAAAUUGACUGGAAUACAACUUUAAAUCCAUUUAUAAAUGAUGGAAAAAAUAAGGUUGAUGUUGGUAGUCCAGGGCCAAUGCCUCAUCGCAACCCUAAUAUAAUUGGUAGCGGUAACAGUGGCGGUGGUGUUGUUGGUAGUAAUAAUAAUAAUAAUAACAAUAAUAAUAAUAACAGUGGUGGUGGUGUUGGUGGUAAUGGUAAUGGUCUUAGAUCUCAGGGUCCUCCACCUCCAUAUCAUCAAACAACUCGAUCAGCAAGUGUUCCAAUAGCCAUACAAAGUCCAAAUCCAUCAUCUCCAAAUAAUCCAACAAGUAAUUUAUCACUACCAUCACCUCGUGCAAGUUCAGCAUUAAAUUCACCAGCUGAUUGUAAUAGACAAUUUCAACUUAAUCCUCAAAGAACAGUUGGACAUUUACCUGGUCAAAGUCCAACAAGUCAAGAUUCACCUAAUCCUGGUAUUGCACCAACAACAUCAAUAACAAAUUCACGAUUAAAUCAUAGUAAUCCAGGUACACCAGUGUCACAUUCACAUAUUACGACUCUUAGUCCAAAUAGUACACCUCAAAAAGAUAAUUCAUUAGAUUUUACAUCAAAUCAACCUUCAAAUAUUGAUGGUAUGUAUAGUAGUAGAACAUUGGCAUCACUUGCUCAACAAAAACAACAACAACAACAACAACAACAACAACAACAACAACAACUUGGUGGCCCAUUAGUAAAAGAAGCAAAUUUAAUGCCAGUUCCAAGUCCACAACAAAUUCAAUAUUUAAAUACAUUUGAAGGCCAAGAAUUAACAAUACAAAAACAACCAAACACUAGUCUAAAAGAUGGCACAAUACAAUCAAAUAAUAAUAAUAAUAAUAAUACAGGAAAUAAUAAUCAAGAUUUACCUGGUAGAAUAUUAACUGGUAAUAUGGAAAAUAAUAAUCAAUUUUCAGGUAGACCUGAAGUUGUCAGUCCAACGGUAGAUAGUAUGAGCCGAGGUUUUGGUUCUAUGCACAGUCCACAUACACCACAUACACCUGGAACAGCACCUCAAACUCCCAUUGAUUCAAAACAAAAUAAUAAUAGCAGCAAUAAUAAUAAUAAUAAUAACAAUAAUAGUAGUAAUAAUAAUAAUAAUAAAAAUUCGGCAAGUGCCCAGAGUAGUCCAGCGCCGAUAAAUACAAAUUUAGUUGACAGUAUGGGCCCACCAAGAACCGUACCGGCUUCCCCAAAUACUAAACAAGAAACCUCUUCGCCAUCUUCCAAGGAUAUUAUUUUACAACAAUCUCCAGUACAAGGACAACAGUCUAAUAAUCAAGGUGUAUCACAGCAACCUAUGCAACAACAACAACAACAACAACAACAGCAACAACAACAACAAAUACAGCAGCAAAUGCAACAACAACAACAAAUGACACCUCAACAACAACAGCAACAGCAGCAGCAGCAACAACAACAACAACAAAGUCUUCUACAAAAUUCCCAACAACAACAAUCACCACUCAUGAAUCAACAUCAAAAUAAUCAAAAUAAUAAUUCUGGACCACCUAUGGGUUCAAUGAAUCAAUUUCCUCCAUGUAUUCGACCUCCAGUAAAUUCAAAUCAGCCAUCUGAUAAUGUUCCAUUAAAUCCAAAUAAUAUUGGUGGACGUAUUGGUAAUAUGGGUGGUGGUAUGAAUACAAAUCAUUUUGAUCCAAUAACAUCAUUAGCACAAAUGAGUCAACAAUUGACAAAUACAGCAGCAUCAAAUGCAUUAGGUAAUGAUGGUUCAAUGCAUCCUGGUGGUGGAAUGAUGUUCAACAAUCAUCAUGGAAUGCAUAUGAUGCAAAUGAAUAAUGAAAUGAAUGGUGGUUGUCAUAUGGGUGGUGGUCCUGGUCCUGGAUCUGGUCCUGGUCCAGGUCCAGGUGGUAUUAAUGAACAAAAUGAUGUUAGUGGUGGUAUGUGUAUGAAUAUUGGUGGUGGUGGUGGUCCACCAACAAGUUAUAGUCCAACAACAUCACAUACAGGUAGUCCAACAAUGGGUGUACCAAAUAAAAUGUCACAUCCAAUGAUUAAUAGACAUGGUAUGAUGCCAGGUAUGAAUCCAUCACAAGGUGGUGUCGGUGGUGGUGGUGGUGGUGGUUAUCCAGGUGGUGAUCAUAUACCACCACCAAGACUUAUGGGACAUAUUAAUAAUCAAAAUCCUUAUAAUGGCACAAACAUACAAGUUAAACCAGGUGCACCAAAUACAAUACAAUAUUUACCAUCACAUCCAAAUCAGAGUAAUGUUGGUCCACGUGGACCACCAAGCCUUGAAUUUCUUCAUAGGUAUACUAAUCCAAUGGGUAUGGAUACGAAAAUGUCAUCACAAUCAUUUUAUAGUAAUGGAUGUAUGCCCAAUAAUAUGUCUGGUCCACAUCCAGGAUUAAUGGGACCCGGUGGUCUUCCAGGUAUGGGUGGUGGUCCUGGUGGUCCACAAAGAAUGGAUGGACAAACAAUUAAUAAUCAACAUCAAUCAAUGAGACCAUCACUUGUUAAUAUGAGACCACAACAGCAACAACAACAACAAAAUAUUAUGAGAAUGCAACAUAUGGUUGGUGGUGGUGUUUUCACUGGUAAUUCAAUGGAUCCAGAUAAAGUCUUCCCUUCAGAUAUGGUACAAUCAUCACAAAUUAAUAAUCAACAUAAUCAACAAAAUCAAAAUAUAUAUGGUCCUGGUAAUAAAGGUAAUUCAAUGGGACUUGGACCACCACCAGAUGCCAGUCAGCCAUUACCACCAAGUAUGGGUGGUGGUCCUGGUACAUUUAAAAAUAGUCCAUUUGUUGGUAGUGGACCAAAUAUGAAUGAUCCAAAUUAUGCUCAACAGUAUCAUAACUUCCAGCAACAAUUAUAUGCAACUGGAGCUAGAGCUAGUGGUCCACCACAACCACCACCACCACAUCCGAAUAUUCAUCCAUCCGCUAAUUCUCAUUCACAUCAACAAUUUUUCAUACCCAAGUAAUAAAUAUAUUUUUUUUUUAUUAUUCUUUUUGCUAUUGUUAUAUUUCCUUUUAAAAUCAACAAUUUUUUUUAUUCAAAAAAACAAAAAACAAUUUAUAUAACUAUGUAAAGGUAGAGAUAAAACAAAAAAAUUUUUUUAAAAAAUGAAACAAAAAUCAAUUAACAGUCGUCCAUUCAAUUAUUAUAUUAUAUUUUAUUUUUUUAUUUUUAUUUUUUUUUUUUUGCGAUUUCAAUUGCAGUUCGGUGUUCCGUGCAAUAUUACCCAGUUGUAUGAAAAAAAAAAAUAAAAAAUGAAAAUUAAUUAUUAACAUUAUAAUAAUAUUAAUAAUAAAUAAUACUAAUAAUAAAUAUUUAUAUAUAAAAAACAUAUAUGAAUACAGUAAGCCGACAAUUUUAUUCGGUGCGUUGUGUAAAUUAAAUAUGAGAGCGUCUUUUGAGAGAAAAAAAAA